AUGCAAUCAGCAAUGGAGAGAAAGUCAUAAAGAUCUAUUGAACUCAGCCAAAAAAAUCUUGAUGGAUCUAAUAAAUCCAUUUCUUAUGAGAUGUGGGAUAAGAAUGAUGGUUUAGAUUCACCGAUGACCCCUUCAAUCAAACUUCCAGGUUCUAAUUAACCUAAAUUAAUAAAUUCAGUAAGAAACCAAGCCAAAAGACCAUGA